UCUUCUUGUCGUCUUCGAUAAUACGCCAAAGCGAAAGCCCCUCCAGAGCUCAUAACCCAAUCUCCCAUCCUCCUCGAUUCAAUACUUAUCUCUCCUCUCAAUCAAAAACUUGAUCUGCACAAUCGAUUCCACAUGAAACGCAGUGCUUCAAACUCAGUUACAGACGGUGAUGCGAGUCCCAAGAAGAUGAAGAAGACCACAGAGGAAGAUUCAGAAAUCGGAUUCGCGAACUUGGACGAGAAUCUACUCUACGAGGUGUUGAAGCACGUGGACGCGAGGACCUUAGCAACGUCAUCUUGCGUGAGCAAGAUCUGGCACAGGACUGCACAAGACGAGCGUCUGUGGGAGCUGAUCUGCACGCGUCACUGGGCCAACAUCGGCUGCAGCCAACACCAGCUCAGAUUCGUCGUCUUGGCGCUUGGCGGCUUCAAACAGCUCCACUCGCUCUACCUGUGGCCUCUCUCGAGUCCGAAUCAACAUGGUAGAUUGGGUAAAGACGAGCUGAAACUCUCCCUUUCUCUCCUCUCGAUUCGGUACUACGAGAAGAUGAAUUUCACUAAGAGACUCCCCUGAGUCCAGAUGAUUUUACUUCGGAUCUAUUUUCCCAGCAUCGUUCUUAGUUUUAUUUUAUUGUUUUGCAAGAUGUUUGUAAUUUGUAAUAUCUGCUUUGUACUUCUUUAAGCUCGUUCUCAUAUGUUUGAUAUUAUUAAAAUCUGGCAAAAUCCAUGUAAGCCAGACUGUCUGAAACAGCUAGUUCUGUAAUAAUAGAGGCUGGUGAGAAUAUUUAAGUCAAAUCAUAUUUGAAGUUUUUGUA